CCUGCAGCAGAAGAGGGGAGGUGGUGUCGAGAGACUGGGAACAUUUAACAACAUCUGAACCUCAACCAACGUCACCAUACAAUGAAAUUAACAUCAUUUUUACCCGCUCCCGAACUCCACUACUUUACCAUAUUACUGGUAACAGGUCUGUACACUCCGGGACGGGGAGAGAUAACGAGCCUAGACACAGGCAACAUCGAUGACGUCUUAAAUAAUGCAGGAGUGGCUCUAGUCAACUUUUAUGCAGACUGGUGUCGGUUCAGUCAGAUGCUUCACCCUAUUUUUGAGGAAGCCUCCAAUGUGGUACGAGAAGAAUAUCCAGACACCUCCCAGGUGGUGUUUGCCAGAGUGGACUGUGACCAGCACUCUGACAUAGCCCAGCGCUACAGGAUCAGUAAGUACCCCACGCUAAAACUCUUCCGUAACGGAAUGAUGAUGAAGAGAGAAUACAGAGGUCAAAGGUCGGUGGCAGCUAUCGCCGACUUCAUCCGCCAGCAGAAAGUUGAUCCUAUCAAAGAGGUUCAGAGCCUGGAGGAAAUUACCACUGUAGAUAGGAGUAAACGUACCAUCAUAGGAUAUUUUGAGCAGAGAGACUCUGAGAAUUAUCACACCUUUGAGAGAGUUGCAAACAUCCUGCGAGAUGACUGUGUAUUCUUGGCGGCUUUUGGUGAUGUAUCUAAACCGGAGAGAUUCAGUGGAGAUAAUGUGAUCUAUAAGCCGAUCGGGGAGACCGUACCGGACAUGGUCUACCUUGGUUCCCUGACCAACUUUGAUCUCAUCUACGCCUGGACACAGGACAAGUGUGUCCCUCUCGUGCGAGAGAUCACCUUCGAGAACGGAGAGGAGCUGACGGAGGAAGGCAUUCCGUUCCUGAUUCUCUUCCAUAUGAAAGAGGACACAGAGAGUCUGGAGAAAUUCCAGCAAGAGGUCGCACGCCAGCUCAUCAGCGAGAAGGGUUCUAUAAAUUUCCUGCAUGCUGACUGCGAUAAGUUCCGCCACCCACUGCUGCACAUCCAGAAAACUCCCGCCGACUGCCCCGUCAUCGCCAUCGACAGUUUCCGCCACAUGUAUGUCUUCCCCGAAUUCAGCGACCUCAGUGUCCCUGGAAAACUGAGGCAGUUUGUCUUGGACCUGCAUUCAGGAAAGCUACACAGAGAGUUUCAUCACGGUCCUGACCCCACGGACAGUACUCCAGGACAGGAAGAGAACAGAGAGGUCGCCAGUAAUCCUCCAGAAAGUUCUUUUCAAAAGUUGGCCCCCAGCGAGACGCGUUACACCAUCCUCAGGGACAAGGACGAGCUGUGACCACCAAGCGAGCGAGACGUUUCCAGAAAAACCGACGACUGCAGCCGCCCCCCCCCCCGCCCCGGUGCAGCGGCCGCUGGACCCCGUCUAUUUUCAUACCUUUUAUUUUGGUUUAAAAAAGAAAAAAAAAAACAAACAAGAAGAGGAGGAGGAGGAGGAGGAGGACAGUUGAAGGUCUGUGGGGGAAACAAAGAAACGAAUGAAUGAAAGAAAGAAAGAAAGAAAGAAAGAAAGAGAGAGAGAGAGAACAGCGAAAAGUGUUUUUACUUUGAUUUCUGGAGCUUGUAAAUACGGAUCUGUUCUAUGGGUCAGUCUUGUCUAAAUUAAAUGGAGAUUAUCUUUUUUUUUGUUUUUUUUCUUUUUUUUUUUUUUCGUCCCUUCUCCCUGCCUGCCCAGGUCUUGUCUGUCUGGUUUCUCUUUUACUUUUCUUUUUUUUGUAGGAAAAAAACAGACAAAAUUCCAAAAUUCUUAAUGUCGUUGGUCCUCCUUGACGAGAGGGAAGCGCACGCGCUCAGACAAGUUUGGAAUCAUGGGAAAGAAAUAUUCAGAAUCAUGGAAAGAUUCUCGGAAUUUUUCAGUCAGCGGUUAACCUGUGGUCACUCACUCCAGUCCUCAAUACAGUGAGACAGAGAGAGAGGGAGAGAGACUGUUUGUCUUUAUAUGCGUCUGUGUGUGUGUGUGUGUGUGUGUGUGUGUGUGUGUGUGUGUGUGUGCGAGCGCACGUGUGUGUCUGUGUUCUUACGUACUGUGCCGAUUCCAGACUCGUUAUGUCCACGCUCGUUAAGACCCAGAAAUGAUAUCAGUCUCAUAUCAGCCCAGUCCUCAUGGGGUGGUGUCAGUGGGUGGAGUUUAAUGGGGGUGGGGUUUACAAGGGUGGGGGUUGUUUGUAAAUUGGUCAUCUCAGAAGGGGCAGGAA